AUGGCGCGCAUGGGGGAAGCGGCCUCGGAGGUGGCGCACAGGGGGGAAGCUGCAUCGGAGGGGGCGCUCAGGGGGGAAGCGGCCUCGGAGGUGGCGCACAGGGGGGAAGCGGCCUCGGAGGUGGCGCACAGGGGGGAAGCUGCAUCGGAGGUGGCGCUCAGGGGGGAAGCGGCAUCGGAGAUGGCGCACUGGGGGGAAGCGGCCUUGGAGAUGGCGCACUGGGGGGAAGCGGCCUCGGAGGUGGCGCACAGGGGGGAAGCUGCAUCGGAGGUGGCGCUCAGGGGGGAAGCGGCCUCGGAGGUGGCACACAGGGGGGAAGCGGCCUCGGAGGGACGGGGUGGGGGUGGGAGGGGGUGGUGUGGACAUGCAGGGGCCGGCCGUGGGGGAGGUGGACGUCAGGGAGGCGGUCGUGGGGGAGGCGGGCGUCAGGGAGGCGGUCGUGGGGGAGGCGGAAGGGGGGGGGGGGGGGGGGGGGGGGGGCGGAGGGGGGUGGGGCGUGGGGGAGGCGGACGCGGGGAGGGAGGAAGAGGGGAGGGCGGAGGUGGGGAGGGCGCAGGUGGGGAGGGCGGAUGUGGGGAGGGCGGCCGUGGGGAGGGCGUAGUUGGGGAGGGCGCAGGUGGGGAGGGCGGACGUGGGGAGGGCGGACGUGGGGAGGGCGGUCGUGGGGAGGGCGGAGGUGGGGAGGGCGGAGGUGGGGAGGGUGGACAGGGGGAGGGCGCUGAAGGGCAUGGAGAUAGUGGGGGUGUAGGUGCUGGUGGCGACAGUCGCGCCAUGCCCGAGGAUCUGCGGAGUCCCGCUAGGUCCUCGGCUGGGACCCCCGCCCCUAGAGGCCCCGGGACCGCAGCAAAUAGCGAGCGCGACCCCCCCUCGCCAUCUAGCUGGAACAAGCGCCGUAAACGCUCUGACGGCAAUCAGGUCGCACAUCAGCUGGAGGUACUCACCGUGGCGACCGAGCGUGGCAUCACCAUGCGCCACACGGGUGAGCCAUUGUGA